AUGAUUAUACAUAUUCAAUCUAUUGACUAUGAGGUUUGGAAAAUUAUCUGUGAUGGUCCUAAAGUCCCCACCAAAACCAUAGAUGAUCUGUUAGUUCCCAAACUUAAGAGUGAAUGGACUAGUGUUGAUUAUAAGGAUAUUCAAUCCAAUACCAAAGCUGUUAAUAUGUUGUAUUGGGCACUUGAUGCUACUGAGUUUAACAAAAUAUGCACUUGUAUAAUGGCAAGAGAAAUUUGGGAUAAACUUAUUGUCACUCAUGAGGGAACCACUCAAGUCAAAGAGUUUAGAGUGAGUUUGCUUGUUCAUAACUAUGAGCUCUUCAAGAUGAAACCUAAUGAGAACAUAUCCCAAAUGUUCACUCGCUUUACGGAUAUUAUAAACAGUCUCAAAUUUCUUGGGAAGACUUAUACUAAUGCAAAAAUUAUUAGAAAAGUCCCCCGUUCAUUGCCAAACAGCUAG